AUGAGGGCUAAUGCUGUCGACGUCCACUGGGAUUACGGGGAAAGUGGAGGAGGUGGUGGAGGAAAGGAGGUUGUAGCAUCAACAGCUGCUGCUGCUUCUCCGCCGUCUUUUUUUGACUCGCUUGGCAUCCAGAGCAUGACGACUUCAACGUCUGCCUCAACGCGCUAUCGAUCUCGCACUCCGGGUCCGGGGGAGGAGCCUCGACGUGGCACGGCUGCGGGAUUGGGCAGUAGUUCAGACUGCAUCUAUAGUCUGGGUGAGUCGGUGAAUGGGUUAUACCUUCACCGCUGUCCUACACCACCGCUUGACACAGCCACAACCGGUGCUAACUCCGGUUUCGGUAGUGGCAGUGGUGCCAGCGCUGCUAUUUGGACCACGGGACUCAAGCGUUACGGGGGAACUGAUUUCGAUGCUUAUUGCUUACAACAAGGCCUCUCACGAGCCAACCCCUUUGGAAGCGGACAGUUGCUGCAUCUGAACUCGGACUAUGAGUCACUGCCCCGACGUACAACCAUUGCGCCGCACAUCUACGGUGAAUUUUUCGUAAACCUGGGACAUGAGGCCAACGGUUUCGGUUUUAAACUUCUUGGCGGCUCGGAAGAGGGCACUCAGGUGACAAUCGGGCAGCUGGCUCCGGGUGGUGCGGCGGAGCGGAGCGGUCAGAUGCGCGCCGGGGACCGGUUAGUCUCGGUGAACGGGACACGAGUGUUUGGUGGCAGCCAUGCGAAGGUUCUCGCUCUCCUCGAGCGCGCCGCGGACGCCCACGGUGAGGUCACUCUCGGUCUCUGGCGGCCAUCGCCCUCUCUACCGGCUUCCACUUCCACCUCUACGAGCGGAAGUCAUUCGACGGAGAGCACCAAGACCCGGUGCUGGCCCUCGAACGCGACAGCAACGAUGGGGGUGCGGAGCGUUUUACUGCAGCGCCUACCGGGGGAGGAGGGUUUUGGCUUCGUCCUUGCCAAUGCACCUUUCAAGCCGAAUAAGUCAAGGCGGAAUGGUCAGGUCGACGUCAGGUCCGGCGGCCACUUUAUCUCGAGAGUGGUUGCAGGUAGCGCAUCAGACCGAUCGCGUCUUCUGCACGUGGGCGACCGUCUGCUCUCCGUCAACGGGGUCAACGUGGCGAGUCUGCCGCGCGAAGAGAUCAUUCGUCUGGUCAAGGCCAGCGGUCCCAAACUUGCCCUCACCAUCCUCCCCUACAACAUCUCAAUGACUCCGUCCUACGAACAGAUGCAGUUCUACAACAGCCAACUUUACCACCACCAGCAACAGCAACUAUAUCAACAACAGAAAGCGCGAGCAGUUUUCUUUCAGGUCACCCUCUUUCGUUCCAGUCGCGGGUUCGGGUUCUCCAUCCGCGGAGGUCACGAGUUCAACCAGAUGCCCCUCACUGUCCUUCGAGUAGCUGAGGGUGGACCCGCUCAUCUCGACGGCCGACUCAAGAAGGAUUGGGAGGCCGUUCUACCCGCGCAACCAAAAAGGCGAGUUGAACAAAGGAUCAUAGCAUUCCAUAGCCCACUCUCUCCUUUUGAGCGUCGUCGUUGGCGCUCCCCUUGGUCAACCCCCCGUGUCGGCCAUCACAACGUAAUCAGUGUUUUAAGAAAGGCACCCAAGAACCACCCGUGCCAGUCAUCGAAUCUGCGUGCAACUGAGACGAUAUUUGACCGCAACGUAGGCGACGAGUUGCUGCAAAUCAAUGGUUUCAUGACGGCGGGGAUGUCGCAUCGUCGUGCGGUGGAGAUAAUCCAGGCGGGUGGGAACAUGAUCCGCCUUGGCGUACGCCGCUUAGCUCUGCCCGCUGGCGAGGUAAGGAAUUUCGCUGUGCCUUCGCCACUGCCUCCACCUCCGCUCUCCUUCGCACCCUUCGGUCCACUGCCGUCCACACCGUCUCCAGCUCCCGUGGUGCCGCACCCGCCUCCGGCGCCUCCACUACCGCCGCCCAAUCUCCGCUCGCCACAGUUUUUUACUCCCCUACCCGUGCACAAAUCAUCCAUUGCAUCCCGUCCCCUACUCUCCUCGGCGAAGGGCCCACCGGGACAACGAAGCCUCAUCAAUUACCAAUCACUGCCUCGACUGUGGCAAAAGCAUCACGGUGGCACUGGUAGCCAUUCCUCGUCCGACCACAAUCUUGAGGCCUGGGCCAGUGGCGACAAAGGUUGCUAUGGCUCCCAGGUUGCCCCCGAUCGGUACCACCCUUGCAACAUUCAACUCUGA